UUCAAUAUUGCAGGGCUGUCAGUCAAUGUUAUGAUACUUCGGAAAAUAAUCAAAAGUUUAAUUAAAUUUUCUGCUCAACUAGAAAUCUGCUAAAGUCACUGGAUUGGACCAAUAGUGGAAAAUGUAACAUUAAUUAAAGCUACAUCACUGUUGUCCGGAAGAAGCUGACAAAAGGUCCGGUUGGGGCGAUAUUGACGCGUGACAAGUUUUUGCUUCAAACAUGCAUUACGAAAGGCGAAACCCGACCGGGUAGUUUCGUACCUCCAUUUGCAAAUUAAAACAUCCUGUAAAGCUUUCUGCAGAAGUUUACAUAGAAAAAUCGUUCCGCGUGAGCCUGGUUUGAAGAAACUACCAUGACAAGCCCUGUGAGAGAAAAUAUCAAUAGCACAGAACAAAUCACAGAUGGCCUUCCAACAAGAGAUUUGAACAGUCUUAUAGUCGGCUGUGUUGUAAAUUCCGUGUUUUCUUUCACCGCAUUCACAGGAAACGGCCUUGUUCUUGGUACGAUUUGGAAAACACCAUCUUUACACUCGCCUUCGCACGUCCUUCUUUUUGGGCUCGCUUUGUCUGAUUUCGGCGUCGGUUUUAUCGUUCAACCGCUGUAUGUAAUUUGCUUGCUACUUGAAAUUAUCACGCAGAAAUAUUUGCUCGUCGUAUGGACAGCGUACAGAGUGACUCAGGCGGUAUUUGUUUCCGCUACGGUGUUAACACUAACAACAGUAAGCAUCGACAGGUUUCUCGCUCUGUAUCUUCAUUUAAGAUACCCAGGUGUUGUUACAGCCAAGCGCGCGACGAUCACGUUGCUUACGAUCUGGAUAACAAGUCUAGCUUACGCUUUGACGGGUAUAGCUAACAAUGAUUUGCAUCGUGUGCUCUGCGUCUUCCUCAUAUCUUCGUCUCUGCUCGUUAACUCCUUCCUAUAUUCGAUGAUUUUCCGAAUCGCCAGACAUCAUCAGAACCAAACUCAAGACCAGGCGCACAUUUACGGAGGGGCAACUUUGAGUAGAAAACGUCACAGAAAUGCCGCUGUCAGCAUGUUUGUGGUGUUUCUUUUAUUGUGUGCUUGUUACUUGCCUUACCUAUGCGUACGAAUUGCAAUCAAGCAUGCGCGCUGGCAGAUCAGAAUCGUUCGCCUGGCUCUCAGUUGGUCUGGUGUCCUUGUUUACAUCAACUCGUCCCUAAACCCAUUUGUGUACUGCUGGCGCAUGCGUGAACUACGAGCAGCAAUGAAGGACUUUGCGAAGAACCACAUGUUUUGCAAUGGCUGAUGACAGUGUACAGCUGUAACUGCAGAUGUAACAGACGUACAUGUCAUUGAGCCGAAUCACAGGAGAAGCAUCUAAAUCGCAGUCUAACAGCAGGAUCAAUGACAUUUUAAAACUAUUCACUCUUUGGUUACCGUUAAAUUAUAAGCUGAGAAAGAAUUAAGUUACUCAGUAAAUGAUUUGCUAUUUUCAAGUUGAGGUGGAAUUACGGUAGAGACGCGCGUAUUAGACUUUAUUAUAAUAAGAGCCUAGUGAAAUUUAACCUUAACAGGAGCCAGACGUUCAACUUGUAAAACUCGUUUAGCCUAAAUAUUCAAACAGGUUCUAAGUUCAUGCUUAACACAGACCACGUUAAACCUUGAGCCACUGCCGGCGGACGCUUCAUCAGCGGCCAAAUGCAAAACCAGCACAAAUUGUAUGUACAGUAAUGGUUACAAAAACCAAUUAAGGUUGCCGGAACGGAGCAAAAUAGCAAUUUAUGGUUUGGACUAGGGACGUUUUGUUGCGCGCCGUGUGUAGUAGAAUGAUGGAUCUCAAAAGACCUGUGAAACAGCCAAAAGUUUAGUCGUUAGGCGAAAAAUUCAACAUUUUUACUGUUAGUCAUAAAAAAAUUAACCAUAAAAAAAUUCUCGAACGACGAUUUUUCAUUUUGAAAGUGCCAAUCCUUCUUUUUAUGAAAGCGUCAUACAUUCUUUCCUGGUACCCAAAAGAAAAACAGUUUACCCAGGCCGCUUUGGAGGCGCGACCUGAGAGUCACUAACGCUCAUUGAGGAAGAGAAUUGCGUGACCACCCAAAGUAACGGCUAUGUAAGAAACUUAAGUAUCCUGUUUCUAGUGCCCGGCCUCGCAAUAUCGCUCCUUCCAGUUCGCUGCACCAAAAAAAAAAAUGACCAUUAGUUUAAAAAGCACUUUACCGUUUCCAACUCUUUCGUCCCUCACUCUCAUUUAAACCAACACGUGCAUGGCAGGGAGAAGGAAAAAAAAUAAAAAUUUGUAAGCGGUUCCUCUCAUACUGGAGUUUCGUUUUAAUGGUGUGUUGGAAUACACCUCAGCUACU